AUGUCGGAUGUUGUGGAUGUUGUCGUGAUCGGCGCUGGAUUGAGCGGUCUUCAAGCCGCCCUCGAUGUGCACGAGGCCGGUCGAUCAGUGACUAUACUCGAAGCCCGCGACCGUGUUGGAGGCAAGACGCGGUCUGAAGUCCGGCCAGAUGGCAAAGGGAUCCAGGAGAUCGGGGCCGCGUGGAUCAACGACACAAAUCAAUCUCACAUCUGGGAUUACUGCAAGAGAUUCGGCCUCACGGCUGUUGUGCAGGACAUCCAAGGCUCGGUGGCCAGCGAGGACGCAGAGGGGAAUUGUCAUUUCUUCCCCUACGGUGAAUUACCCAGGUUCGCCCAAUCGGAGGUAGACAGCAUCCAAGCAAUUCGAGACCAGUUCGAAGCGGCCUCGCUCGACCCCGAGACGUUCAAACAGCCCAAGCGUGGAGAGCUCGAUCGAAUCACGCUCGAACAGUGGUGUCGAAACGCCGGAGCGACGGAUCUGGCCCUCAAAACCGCGGCCGUUUGGUGUCGAGGAACGCUGGGUCAAGAUCCAUGUGAGGUUUCGGCCCUUGCUUUUCUCGAAAUCGCCCGCGGUGCUCUAGGCAUCGUGAACCUCCGUCACGACGGGAAACACGGGGCCCAGCAUCUACGCCUCCAAGAAGGGACCCAGUCCAUCGCGAUUGGCAUGGCCAAGCUGUUGCCCCCUGGAACAAUCAAACUCAGCAGCCCCGUGAGCUCCCUCGUCCGGGUCAGUUCGAAGCUUUGCCUCGUCCGCACCGCGAACGGACAGCAGAUCAAAGCACGAAAAGUCAUUCUCAGCAUCCCCGGCCCAUCGUACAAGAACAUCGCAUUCGAUCCGCCACUGCCGCCUCGGAAAUUCAUCUAUACGACCGCCGUGCGGUUCGGGUGCUACGUCAAGUAUAUCUGCCUGUUCAAGACUCCCUUCUGGCGUGACCUGGGCGCGUGUGGACUGGCGCAGAGUUUCCGCGGCCCGCUGAACCACUGUCGGGACACAUCGGUCGAUGCCCUGGGGAACUACGCAUUGACUUGUUUUCUCGCCUCGGAACCAGGACGGCGCUGGUUUGCCUUGAGCGAAGACGACCGGCGCGAAGCCAUCGUGAAGCAGCUGGGCGCUCUGUUUUCCGUCGGCUACGAGAAGGUCCAGUCGGAGCUGCUGGGCACCAUCACCACGGAAUGGAUGCAGGACAAAUGGGCCGGAUGGGGCUGCCCGUUCCCUGCUCCUCCGCCCAGUACCAUCGGCGCCGGUGAAGACGGCGACUGGCUCUGGGAGAAGGCUGGGAACAUCUAUUUCGUCGGCACUGAGUUGACCAACGAGUGGCGCGGCUACAUGGAAGGCGCCCUGCGCAGUGGCAAACGAGGUUCUCGUCAGGUCCUUGCAGAUCUGCUCUUAGAUGCCAGCAGCCUUUGA